GUGUGGAUUCUAUCGAAUGUCACAGUCAACACCGUGGCCUCAUUGUUGCUGUUGGGUUUUUUUUUUAGUAAGAAUUCUGUGGAGAGCCAAAAAUGGUAUUCCUGACGUUGUCCAACUGGAUUAGAAGCCGUGGACCGGACAGAUACUGGAAGGUUCAAGAACUUCUCAAGCAUGCACGGCAUUUCAGAGGCAGAAAGAACCGCUGUUACAGUCUGGCCGUGCGGGCUGUCAGGAGGGCUUUUGUCUACGCUACGAAAGGACGCAGGCUGAAGAAACGCAACAUUAGAACGCUGUGGAUCACACGCAUUGCUGCAGCGUCCCGAGAGCACGGCAUGAAGUAUCCUGUCCUCAUGAGCAACCUAAUCAAGAGCAGUGUUCAGCUCAACCGACGGGUUAUCAGCGACCUGGCCAUCACGGAACCCAGGUCGUUCCUCGCCCUCGCGAAGCUGGCCCGGGCCCGGCAGCAAGAAGGCUUCUGUGCAGCGCUGGGUGACGGCAAAGAACCUCCCGGUGUCUUCUCCCGUGUUGUUGUGCAACAGUAGUGGACGCGCUACUGGCCUCAGUAUUGUGGAGCUGUUCAUUAAACGGGCACAUACAAUCGAUUUGGUUUAGUUGUUUUUUUUUU